AUGUUGACUGGUAAUACAUGGGCUGAAAGCAAUACACAGGAGAUUGAUUUAGAAGAAGCAUUCCAAUGUGAACCAGUGUUCCCUGAUUUUCUGAAGUUCCUGUAUACCAAUCGUAUCUUUAUUUCUGAUGAUACUGUGAUACCAUUACGAACACUAGCUGAUAAAUACAUGGUACAAAGACUGUCUAAUUUAUGUAUUGAUUACAUGUGUAGGGAAUUGAACUGUGACAAUGUAAUUGGCUGGGAUCAGUAUGCCACCAAGUUUUCCAUUAAACGUCUGUCUUUUGAAUGUCUUGGAUUUAUGCAACAAAACAUAGAUCUUCUUAUUGAUUCCAAGAAAUUUCUGAAUCUAGAUAUUGAUCAGUUUGUGAAAAUAUUGAAGUCCUCUGAUGUGCAUGUUCCAGAUGAGUACACACUGUUCAAGAGUGUAAAAGAUUGGGCAUUUGCGUAUGAUAGAUCAUGUUCAUCUGAUGAUAUCAAAUGCAAUCUCAGUACAUUGUUACCAAUUGUUCGCUAUCCAAUGAUGUCUGGUGAGCAGUUGGACUCAAUAGAAAAAGAUGAAGCCAUCAAUGCCUGUUACCCGGCCAUGAGAGAUGAAAUCAAUAGUAGUUACAAAUUUCAUGCUACAGCCAUACCAAAUCCCAAUUGGGCAAUGUGUAAAGUCACACCCAGGCGUUAUUAUCAGGGCUAUUCGUGUAAAUUCACUUUGCCAAACUAUUCAAAAAGACACCAUGAUAAUAACCGAUAUGUCAAAGUCUUCCCAGCCUACUCAUCUAAUGGUACUUCUCGUAUACUAAACUGGGAUUGGUUUGUUUCUGUUGCAAUGGGUGGCAGAACUGAUAGGCUUGGCAGCAAUAACAGAGAACCUGUUCUGGAGAUUUCUAAUCCCGGUCCAGAACGUGAAGAAAGAUCAGUGAAAAUAAUGGCAGUCUUCUAUGGUAAGAGAAAUGGCAGUAUAUUUAAAAAAAUGAAUUACACCACCCAGCUAACUGUAAGGGACUUUGACUUUCAUCACAUUCGUUUGUUUGGUUCUUCCUUGGCUCCAGAGUAUAUUGUGAAUGAUACAGUAACUUUCCAUUGUAUAAUUACACCAACAGAUAAAAUCUAUGUCAAAUGUUAG